CCGAUUUAGCUUUGCUAAUGGGUUUAAGUGAUGUCAGUUCCUACUGCAACUGAAUCUAGAAAUGAAGUGUGGACCUUUUGGAUGAUUUUGCAAAGCUGAUCAGCAGCUUGGUUCUGUACUGUAUUAAUUUGAACUUGCAUAGACAUUUUAGAGGAAGUUGAAAUGAACAUGUACAUUUUCUUGGUACACUUCAGAUCCAAAGGUGUAGUUCUGAAUCAGGGUGCCUGUUCUCAUUAGUGUCUGUGAACAUGUGUGAGUGCCCUGUGACACACUGUACAGUGUACACUCCUCUGUGGCUUAGCUUCCCUCUUCACUGUACAUUCUGGAAUACUGAAAGCACUGUAGAGGGCCUUAAAGGAUGGAUUCAGUUACUUCAAGCUAUUGAAUAACUAAUCAGUGAGAGAAAAAUAUGGUUAUUGUAUAACAAUAUGGUUAUAUUUUCUGUUUGUUCUGCAAGUUUGAAAUUGUUGAGUUUUAAUCCGUCCGUUUUCCAGCUGCUUAUCCAGUGCAGGGUUAUGUGAGGCCCUGGAAAUGAUCUCAGGCAGUUUAGGUUUGAGACAAGAGAACACAUUGGUAAAGGAUGCCAGUUCAUCACAGACCACAAAGGAAGAACAUCAAACUCAAUACCCACGUAGCAGGGUGGAAUGUGAACCCUAUCCCUAAAUGCAACACUGCUAUCAGCUUGCCUUUGUUUUGUGGUAGGUCAGUGUACUACUGUAGUACAUCUUUGAGAUGGUUGCGUCAGAAAUAGUAUGAUGGAAAGCUUAGACUAAUAGGCUAGUCUGCCUUGUAUUAAAUAGAAUGUGAUUGGCAUCUAUCGAAAUCUCCACGUAGAGUUACUGGUAAUAUAUUUCUAAUUACAAUGCAAUUAAAGGACAAAUUCAUAUGACGUGGGUGCACAUCCCGUUUACGAAGAACACCCCUGAUGUGCGUCAGGACGUCGUUUCCGUGGUAACGGCCAAGCUAUUGGAAGCGCAAAUUCGCGUAAACAAAGCAAGUGAAGUCGGCUCAGCUCUUCACUACGUGUUAAAAAUUGCGCAGCGUGUUAUUUUAAUUAAAACAGAUAUUCAUACAGUAAUAACGCAUGCGGAAGCGCUUUAAAUGAGUAGUAAUAUCGCAUAAAUUUCAUACCCUUAUUGGAUUAUGGAAUGGAUGUCAGAUUGAUGGAGCCAGACUUUCGGUUGAGUCAUUUUCAAUAGUUAGCUGAAUUCUCUUAUUUUUACUGAGUGCUAUAUGCAUUUGUAUUGCUUAACUCUAUUUUACUGUACGGUCGUAUUCAUUAUUUAUUGUAUCCCAUUUGAAGUUAUACCCGUUUUACAUUUGACGUAGUUUAUUGUGGUUUGUGAAACAGGCAACUUAAGCCAAAAUGAUUUUUUGAACAGAAAAAUUAAUUCAAGUUUACCUAUCUAAUAUUUAAGCUUAUGUUUUCUUAAUUGGAAAAAGCUCGUCAUGUUACCAUCUCUUGCUAGAAGUAUGUAUAAUUAUGAGUAUGGAUAUCGGAAUGGCUGUCUAAUCCAUCGGGAUACUAACAGUCUUCCCAUCGUAUUUUUUGAAGCAGAUUUCUUUCAUUACAGCCUAAAUAUAGUAUGAUGUGUGAGCUGGGGAAGAGUAACUGUCCGGAUGCCUAAGUGCACACAAAUAAGCAUAUGAAAUAAACAUUUUAAGUGAUAAUAGGCUACAUCUGAGAAGUGUCUAGAACGUAAACUCAAAAUUCUACCCAUAUAAAUACUGUGAUAUUAAGUAUCGAUGACUUUUAGAAGCAGACAGGUGACAGACAAUCUUUCGUUGCCGUUAAUAUCCAGUUUAUACCGUAAUAGUAAGCAAACAGUCAGAGUUACUGUCAACAGCAGCAUGAUACAGACUGGUGUUCUAUGAAUAUAGAGAAAUAUGCAUUAACGAGUCUCUUAAAAUUAACAGAUGAAAGUAUGUAAAAUACGGACUGAGCGCGCAACAAUCUGAACUAACGAGGCAACAUGAAAGACCUGACAGGAGACUCCAAGGACCACCAGCUGACGGUGGCCCUGCGUAUUCGUCCAAUGAACGAGGCUGAAAUGGAGGAGGGGGCUGCCGUGAUAGCCCACAAGGUGGAUGAGCAGAUGGUCGUUCUUAUGGACCCUUGUGAGGACCCCGAUGAUGUUUUGCGAGCUCAUCGUUCAAGAGAGAAAACAUACAUGUUUGAUGUAACUUUCGACUGUACAGCCAAUCAGGAUGAUAUUUAUGUGGCCACCACCAAGAACUUAAUUGAAGGGGUUAUUUCCGGUUACAACGCCACAGUUUUUGCAUAUGGACCAACAGGUACAGGAAAGACUUAUACGAUGCUGGGCCUUGACUCUGAGCCAGGAAUCUAUAUUCGAACACUGAAUGAUCUUUUCAAAGUUAUUGAGGAAAACAGCGAGGACAUGGAUUGCAGUGUCUAUAUGUCAUAUCUGGAGAUCUACAAUGAGAUGAUCCGUGACCUUUUGAAUCCCUCGUCAGGGUAUCUUGAUCUAAGAGAGGACUCCAAAGGCGAAAUCCGUAUCGCAGGCAUCACCGAAUUCUCUACAAGCAACGCAAGGGAGAUAAUGCAGCUGCUCACCAAGGGAAAUAAGCAAAGGACCCAGGAGCCCACCGCUGCCAACAAGACGUCGUCUCGCUCUCAUGCCAUCCUGCAGGUGACAGUGAAGCAGAAGAGCAGGCUGAAGGGAACCAGUCAGGAGGUACGGGUGGGCAAGCUCUUCAUGGUGGACCUAGCAGGAACUGAGAGAGCUUCGCAGACCCAGAACAGGGGAAAGCGGAUGAAAGAGGGAGCUCACAUUAAUCGCUCCCUGCUGGCCUUGGCAAACUGUAUUAACGCACUGAGUGACAAAGCUGGACGGGCCACGCAGUUUGUCAAUUACAGGGACAGUAAGCUCACCCGUUUGCUAAAGGAUGCUUUGGGUGGGAACAGCAGGACGGUGAUGAUCACUCACAUAAGUCCAGCCAGUACUAACUUUGAGGAAUCCAGAAAUACUCUCAUGUAUGCAGACAAGGCCAAGAACAUUAAAACUAAAGUGAAACGCAACCUGCUAAAUGUGUCCUACCAUAUAGCGCAGUACACGAGCAUCAUUGCAGAGCUUCGCAAAGAGAUUGAGAGAUUACAAGCCAAGAUAGAAGAACAGGGCCAGGAGCAGCUGAGGAAAGGAGACAAGGCUGACAUACGUGAUGUCCAAGAAGUGCAGCAGCACUCGGCCCAGUACAGCCACAGGGAGAUGGGUCGGCUGCGUGAGCAACUGCUCUGCGCUUUCCGAGAGCAGAUGGAGAUACGUCGCAGCCUGAUGGAGCUGGAGAACUGCAAUAUGGAGCUGCAUAUUGACACAUCCAGGCACCUGGCCACCAUCUCAGACUGGGAAAGGGAGAAGGCAAGGUGUGCUAAGAAAUGGAGGGAGGAGGGGCGCAGUGGGAAGAUGGACAGAGACAAGGAGGACGGGGAGCAGGACAGCGAGGCUGAGGAGAUGGACUCGGCCGAGCCCCAGGAUGUGGCAUUGGCUCGGGAAGAGAUCGGCACGCUGCUCAAGGAACAGAGGAGAACCAUGGCCCUGAAGUCAGAUCUGGAGGAGAAACUGGCAAGCAUGAAUAUCAAGUCGUCGAAGAUGGAGGAGCUGCUGCCCAGGCGAAUCAGCAACGAGGAGCAGCGGGAGAUCCUGGCGCUGCUGUGCCGGGUGCACGAGCUGGAGGUGGAGAACACGGAGAUCCAGUCAGCAGUGCUGUGCAAGGAAAAUGUCCUGCGCACCAAGGACUUCACCAUCCAGCGCUACGAACAACACCGCUCACUGUGUCAUGAGAUCAUCCAGCGGCAGAAAAGCCUCAUCGAAGAACAUUCCAUCCCAGUACCCCUGGAGCUCGAGCAGCUGUACAUGGUGUAUUUCAGUGAAUUGAAUGGAAGCAUCGACCAAAUCCUCGGUCUCCAUAACAUCACAUCCAGCACGAUGCAGAACGGAUCAAUAUUAGAUAUAGCAAAACAGCUGAAGCUGGGAGAUUUGAUUCCUGAAAUGGAAUCAAACGAUGACCGUAGCCAUAGGUCAGCCACUGAAGAGGAUAAAAGGUCUACUUUUCCACAGAAUUAUGAUCCACUUCCUCCAUCUGAACUGGAUAAUGAAAGUGAAAACGACAAAGUAUUUAAAUCCACUUUUAAGUCCCAUCAAAUGAAGAGUGGUCAUAUCUUCUCCACUCCCCUUUCAUUAAAUCAGGUCGGAGCUGAAAAGAUGAAGGAGAUCUCGUCUGACACCAGGAGCAUUUCCGUCAUUGCAGCUAAGCGGCGCACACGCAUGAACACCGUGAUGUCAACCAGCGGCCUCUCCAGGGCCAAGGAGAGGAGCCUGAUGUCAGUGCAGUCCCUGGAGGAAGCAGAUGAGUCGGACGGGGCUGCCUCAGAGCCCCAGGGGACCCCACUAACCACCGCCGUCAGGCCGGCUGUCAGCAGCCACAGCCUGGCCCUAUACACUCCGAUUGAGUUGGAUCCCAAGAGGAGAUCCCGGAGGCUGCAGGGAAGCUCCCGUUCCAGCUCCAAGAAGGAUCCACACCGGGGGGAGAGGAGGAACAUCUCCAUCGAGAGACGCGCACGCAAGAAGCGCUCGAAAUCUUUCGAGGCUAAUGCUAAAUGGAAACCCAAGAUCAUUGCUUCCAGGAAUCCAGUCCUUGAAAGCAUCUCAGACAACAGACUUGUACUGCACUCAGAAAAUGCAAACAGGUACUUGGGAAAGCAUGUGGAAGAUUCCUCACUGCCACCCCCAGCAACAAAGGUUAAAUACCCCGUGUCUCAUUACACAGGCGAAAGCCACCUCCAGAAGCUGGAGAUGAGAAGCACCCCUCCUAGCGCCGUAUACCAGUACAACGCGGAGGGCAGAAGAGGGCAGACCGUGCACAAGCGCGUCAGAGGCCCAACGGAACCAUCAAGCACGAACCAGCUUCUUCUGCAGCCUGGAAACUACAAACGGAUGCCCGUCUUCAACAUUAGACACAAGGGCACGGCCCUCAGAAGUGACAGCCGCUACAAGAAAGGGGCAUACUGAGGAAAGGGAGAGAUUACACACUGCUAUCCCUCAUAUGUGCAGAGACUGGUGGGUCAUCUGUGACACAGUGUGUGUAUGUGAGCAAUGCUGGAAAAAGUUAGCUUUCAGAUUCACUGAGCACUUCAUCACUUUAAACCGAUGUUCCCCAAUCCAGUCCUUGUGGACCCACAGCCAGUCCAUGUUUUUGCUACCCGGGAGCUGGGAGGGAGAAAAAAUGUGGAAUGUCUGUCAGGGAGCUUGGAGGGAGCAAAAAUAUGGUCCGACUGUGGGUCCCCAAGGAUUGGAUUGGGAAACACUGCUUUAAACACAUUCCUCAUGAUCUCAUCUUUUGAUAUACUUCUUAGGCAGUGCAUGUUGUGUAACGAUUAUAUCUUUCCUACUCCUUUAUUUUUGUGGAAAAUGAGUUCCAUAUUGAAACCGCUUAAUAUAUUUGAUGAGUGAAAGAUAUUUGUUGAUCCAUGCCUGUUACAUAUAUGAAUUAUAUAGGAAAAGCCCAAACAGAUACAGCGCUGCAGCACCAAACUCCAUAUGGUUUGUAAAAUUGCAUUAAUGCUAUUGUUAAAGAACAGAAAUGUAGCACAGAGACCAAGUGAGAUUUUCAAUGUGUAUUUCAGUGUAAUUAAAAUGGCCUGUGUUUAUACUGCAAACAUUCGAAGGAGUUUUUUAAUCCACUUUGUGUGUGCUUUCAGUGGAUUGAGUGAGCCUUCCGUUUACCCUUUUAUAAUAUUGAUUGAAGCCACCUAUUAAAUUUACAGUUUCAUUUCAUAGUUAUUUCUCCUUUCAUUAGGACUCACCUCUGUCAGAAGUACCUGUAUGUCUUUAAUUGUGAUUUUGAGGUACCAUUACUCAUAUUAUUCAUUUUAUGAAGCGGUGUCCUGUCAUUUCUACAUAUCCAGUUACGGAUAACAGAGGCUAGUUUGCAAACCAUAGAGGCAAGACAGGGCACACAGUCGAUGACACACAGUGGAUUAUAUGCCGCCAACAAACCCUAACAUCAGGAAAGUGGCCCAGGCAGAUGAAUGGAGCACCCUGAUGGGAUGCCCAGAUAGGGCAUGAUGGGAUACACAGAUAGGGCAUGAUGGGAUACCCAGAUAGGGCAUGACGGGAUGCUCAGAUAGGGCAUGAUGGGAUACCCAGAUAGGGCAUGAUGGGAUGCUCAGAUAGGGCAGGGGUCUGAUUUAAGCCAAAGAAAGGAAACUGCACCAGCUGAUCACAGAAAUAAGCACAAGGGUUUACUCAGUUUAAAGAGCUCCAAAAAUAUGCCCGUAUGUACAUACUGUCAUUUAAUUUAAAUAACCCAUAGUUUCACCCACAGUGCUCAUAACAUGGAAUUAUCAGACUGCUGUAGUUCUCUGCUGUUUUAAUUGCCUUUUUCCAACUCUUUACUUAGUGUAAUAAUGUAUGGUACUGUUUGAGUUAUCUGGUACAUGCUUGCAUAAGGCUAAUUCCUCAGGUGUUCAAUUACUAGUGGGAUACGAAGGUCUGUAUUAAGUGCAAAAUAUAUCUGCUGAUUUGCACAUUGAAGUUUAAAUGGAUUCUCACCGACAGUUAAAUACACAGUAUCUACCACUAGGUGGAAGCAAUGUACCGUGUGAUACAAUUAACUUGGUAUCAAUAUUUUAGCUUCAUGUCCUGCCAAUAGCCGUUAACUCAGCUGUUAAUCAUUGAAGAGGAAGGAGAUUGAGAAGUGAAUCUAUAAGGUUUUCAAAUUGGCAAUGUCAUAUAAUAGCUUAUUCUCAUGGAUUACUGGUUAUACUAACAGGUAUGAAAACUGUAUAACAAGUGUAACGCACAAUAGUGAUCUACCUGCAUCAGCAGGUGCCCAUUGCUCUGGUACUUAGAUUCUAAUGGUGUCAGAUGCAUAUGGCUGAUUCCCUUAAUGACAAAGAGCAGCUUUCACAUCCAUGCACAGCAGUGCAUUAUAGGUAUGUUGGCAUAGCUGAUAAGAAAUGUAGGCAUCUGAAAGACGCAGGGAUAGACUACAGCAGACAGCUCGCUAAAUGUGUUAUGGAGCAGGAGCUGAGCAGCUACGGCUUGGGGAAAGGUCAGGGUGGUUACAGGAAAGCCUUUCUCAGCAUUCGCUCUGACGGCUCGGUCACAGACCCUCCACUUUUUUGAAGCUGUAAAAUUCUGCUUCACGCGAUUCAAGCCGGUGGCGUUGGUGAGAAAGUGCAUCAGGAGGCAAGUUAAUAAAGAUCCCAUGUUGACAUAGGAUGUAGAUGAUUGAGUGAGGUGAAGAUUUGCAGAUACCAAGUGGUGUAUAAAAUAUGCAUCGCGGUUACACUUUUCACUUGUACAUGGAAGAAAUUAUAAUUGUUCACCAUUACUCAUUAAAGGAUGCAGCUCACAGAGAAACCAUCCCAUAAUCUUAGUAAACAAUACAUCAGGGAUGGCGACACACAAGCACCAGAUAAUGACAUUUCUGUUCUAGAUACAUAUAAGCUGUUUACUGCUCUGUAGUUUUACCCCUCAAUAAAAAUAUAUAUUUCAAUAAAUGCCUUUUUCAAACAUAAACUUUAUUUUAUUCAUUA